UCGUCGCGGCUCCGAGCCGCCGGCUCCAUCCCCGUCGGGGCAGCUCCAGCCCCCCCGAACCCCGCCCCUCAGAGGGAGACCCCGCCGCGCCGCAGCCGCGGAGCUCCGGCCGGGCCCCCGGGCCCCGGCCCGCCAGGAGAUGAUAGAAAGUGAUAUCCCGUCCAUAAUGUCAGGAAUCAUUAGGAAUGCAGGGCAAAACCACCACCCGUCACAGGAGUACAGACUCUUGGCUUCCGACCCGCCCCAGCUGAGUGACGAUGACCUCCCCAGUGACCUGCAGUCCCUGUCCUGGCUGACAUCUGUUGAUGUCCCUCGGUUGCAGCAGAUGGCCAGUGGAAGGAUGGAUUUUAGCCUUGGUGCCCAGAACGCGAUGCUACAUCAGCCAGGGCCUGUGGCGAGCAAUAUGCACUCGACAGGAGCCCCUGGAGCCAUGAUUCAUGUCCAGGCCAGCCUGCCACAGGGGAUCCUGGGACUGAAUUCUAUUUCAACACAUGGAGCAAAUAUGAGCCAGUAUGCUGUAGGUGGGCAGCCAUCUCCUGGUUUACAAACACAGCAACAGCUCUUUCCUCCUCCUCAUUCACAGCAGGUGUUCACGCUAGCACAGAACACACAACAGUGUAACCCAGCAGCGAUCUACAACCCAUCCUACGGGACACAGCCACACUACGCUCAGCCGCGCCUCGCUCCUCACGCCACCCAAGAGCUGCACCCAAAGCAUUACCCCAAGCCCAUCUACUCGUACAGUUGCCUGAUCGCUAUGGCGCUGAAGAACAGCAAAACAGGGAGUCUGCCCGUCAGCGAGAUCUACAGCUUCAUGAAGGAGCACUUCCCCUACUUCAAGACAGCCCCUGACGGCUGGAAGAACUCUGUGCGCCACAACCUUUCCCUGAACAAGUGUUUUGAGAAGGUGGAGAACAAGCUGAGCGGCACCUCUCGCAAGGGCUGCCUGUGGGCUCUCAAUCCUGCCAAGAUCGACAAGAUGGAAGAGGAGAUGCAGAAGUGGAAGCGGAAGGACUUGGCUGCUAUCCAAAGGAGCAUGGCUAACCCAGAGGAGCUGGACAAGCUGAUCACUGACAGACCGGAGAGCUGCAGGCGGCCCAGCAAACAGGCAGAGCCCGAGAUCUCCACCCUGAACCACGUGGCAGCGGCUCAAGGCCGAAUCUCCAUGUCCCAGCUGCAGCCUCAGCCCAUCAUGACGCUCUCGCUGCAGUCCCUCCCGCUCCACCACCAGAUCCAGACCCAGGCGCGCAUCGCCCCGGACUCGCCAGCGCCUGCGCAAACGCCUCCUCUGCACACCCUGCCCGACAUGAGCCACAGCCACAGCCCUCUGAGCCACCACCCCGUGGGACGCACGCCGCCUGACUUCCUCAACGUGACGGCAGACAUGAACACCGAGGUGGAUGCUCUUGACCCAAGCAUUAUGGAUUUUGCAUUGCAAGGUAACAUCUGGGAGGAAAUGAAAGAAGAGAGCUUCAGCCUCGAUACCCUGGGUGCCUUCAGCAACUCCCCGCUCCACCUCUCAGACUGUGACCUGGGCACCCCUGGCCUCAUCCCCAUCUCCAGCGGCAGCGAUCGCUCCUUCCCCGACGUGCAGGUCACCGGCCUUUACACCACGUACACCUCCCUGGACAACGUGGCGGCAGCUCAGUACAUGAACCCCCAAGGCAACAAACCCAUCGCUCUGCUCUGAGCUUCGCACCGUCCCACAGACAUCCUGCUCCGCGGCCAGUUUCUCCCACGGUUAAAAUCUGACCUGAAAGCAGCAGAAGAGUUUCUCCUGCAAAUGCCCAGGAUGUCUUGGCAUUUCCUGGGAUGCAGCAUGUGAUGUCAAAAUACUUGAACUGUCACUAGCAGAACCACUGGCACCAAUGGCAAGACGGAGGAAGGGACACAGACACUUGUCUUGCAGGACGAGUGAGCUCUUGAGAAGGAGCUGGAAGGCAUCAGGCAGCAGGAACUUUCACUGGAAUGGAACUGAGCUAAAAAACAGUCCAGUGAAGGCAAAUACAUUUAAUCGACACUGUGAUCCAGGCUCAUAUGCGGCUGCUGUUUGGUCACCACCUCUACAGAAGCCAACACAAGUCAUGGGGCUGCAAAUUGGAGUCCAAACUGCUUGAUCAUGAACCACAUAGAGGUUUUUUCUUAAAUUGCCAAAUAACUAUUGCCACCGAACAAAGACCCCAUACAGUUUCUGGAGACACUUGCACCACUAACGCUUUUCUGAUGUAACUACUGCUAAUUUAUUGUUGUGAGGUAGGAAAAAAGGAGCAAAAAUACUGAAAAUUAAAAAAAUCAAGCCCAUAGCAGACAACUGUUAUAUCUAGGCUUAAAAACCAAGUCCUUACCCCGAGAAGCAAGUGGUACUACUGAAUUGUGAAACUGAUUGCUGGGUAGAAGGUUUUAGGAAUUAUGUCUAUUUGUAGGAUUUUUUAAGAAAAUAUUAGGUUUGUUUAUAGUCUUGUGUAUUGUGCUUCUGUCUGUUCUUGUGCUAGGCAGUAUUACUAUUUGUAAAUUUAUUUAUAUUUAUUGUUAUGAAGAGAAAUUAUGUAAACUGAGCACUGUUCAAUUUUUUAAAAUGCUGCAGAAAGCUGUUUUUACACCCACUAAAUUAUUCAUAAUCAAAAAUGCAACCACCACUGUUGUUACACUACAUUUCUUAUAAACAAGCACUUUUGAUACUGUGAAACUUAUGUUUUUUAAAAAAUUCAGAGACCAAAUAUUGUAACUGUACCAUACCAAUUCAUAAUAGUCUUUCUUUCCUAAUUCACCAAGUAAAAUUAAUUCUAAUGUUGUUUUUAA